CGUUAAAGCUCGCCCUUUUGGCGAACGUGAACCGCUGCUUUUCCGGCGCCGAUGAGCCCCUGCUGACUCGACGCGAAUCCCCUGCCUGACUUUCGCCCAAGAUUUCAUCACCCCCGCACCCUAUAAAACCCGACUCCGCCACUCAACCUACCCCUCCCCCCUCUCCUCCUCUCUCACUCAGGUACACACAGCCUACCAACGAGUCUUCUCGAUCUUUCUUAGGCAGGCAGCAAAUAAUUAGAACAUGACGAAGUCGAGCUGCGGCCAUGUGAUCGGGGUGCCGGUGACCUCCAAGGCGUACGCCAUAGAGGAGUCGACGACGAGGGGCGCCGGGCCGGUUAAGAAGGACGGCGAUCGCCUUGCAGUCUCGUUGACGCACCCGAGCCCCUAUGCUUCUUUCGGUUACAAGCACAGCAGCAAGGGUCAGGUGAUCCACUGGGUGAACAAGCUGGGCAGACGCGCUCAGGGCUUCAGGGACCACGUGACCUUGGGGCCGAAGCUGUCGGAGACGGUGAGGGGGAAGCUGAGCCUGGGCGCGAGGAUCCUUCAGGCGGGGGGCGUGGAGCGGGUGUUCCGGCAGGCCUUCACGGCCGAGAAGGGCGAGCGGCUGACCAAGGCCCUCCAGUGCUACCUCUAUACCACCAGCGGGCCCAUAGCCGGCAUGCUCUUCGUCUCCACCCGGAAGAUCGCCUUCCGCAGCGACCGCUCCCUCACCGUCACCUCCCCCUCCGGGGACGUCGCGCGGGUGCCGUACAAGGUGGUGGUGCCGCUCAGGAGGAUCAAGCGGGUGAAGCCCAGCGAGAACGCCGAGAACCCGGAGCACAAGUACAUACACAUGGCCACCGUGGACGGCUUCGAGUUCUGGUUCAUGGGCUUCGUCAGCUACCAGCGGUGCUGCAAGUACAUGCAGCAGGUCAUCGCGUCCGAGCUACUAUGAUCGAUCGAUGGAGCUAGCUGCCUAAGGUUCUAGUCUGCGGCAACUUCUUGUUGGGGCGCGCGCGCCUAGCAGAAACCUCUGCUCCACCAUUUUUUGAUGAGAGCAUGUUCCUUCCUCUUGCAAUUUGGAUUGACACAUAUGGCUAUUGCAAUUUCUGUUGGUAGGGCCAAGGAACUUGGUCUUAACGGAAAAAAAAUCUUGGAAACAUGAAGAAAAUUGUUUGCUGUACAUGCAUGUCAGAAGUUUCUGAACGGGAUACGAUUGACUUAUGUACUUGAACACAGUAAUAUCAAGGCAUAUAUACGAAAAAUUCUACAUGAAAGGCAUAUAUAGGAAUUAAU